UCUCCAUGUAGACGAGAAUGCCAUCCUCCUCCUAGGCCUAGGCUAGGCUUGCCGUUCUUACCUACCUAUUUUUUUAAACUAAGCCAGGCCCUAGGCUAGCUCCCCCGCCAGUGUUUAGCCAGCGCCUCACAAAAAGUUGGAGGGCGCCUAGCUAAGAAGGGCAGAGCAAGGCCUAGUCUAGCGUAUCCCUUACUCAGUAGACUACAGAGUCCACCUCCUGGGCAGCGAGCCGAUGCAGCUGUGUCUUCUGCCUAGUUCUAAGUUAGGCUUAUUAUGACACAGUGUCAGUGGUAACUGGCUGGAUGCGAUUCUUCCCAGAAUCAAUUCAUGUUGAUGUUGAAUUCAAAGAACUGUCCCAUGAUCUUGGUGUAGAAUUACUUCAACCUGGUGCAUCUGAUGAUGAGGACUCUUCUACUACCUCAAAGAUAAAUUCACCAGCAAGUAGUCAUGUAAAUCUGUAUGAUAUGACAACGCCCUCUCCCGUCCGAGGAUUUCCAGUCCACAAGCAUACCGAUUAUUGCUGUAGUUGCCAGCAAGUCAAAGAACUGCAGCCUUCUAAGGAACCCUUCCAGUCACUGACCAAUGAAGUGAUUUUGUCAGUUUUUCAGUGGCUGCCAUUAUCAUCUCUCUUAAGUUGUGCCAGGGUGUGUAAAAGGUGGAAGAUGUUAGCAUAUGAUGACAGUUUAUGGAGGCAGAUUAAUCUAACCAGGUUCCAUUUUCCACCGGGAACUCUGGGUAAAGUACUAGAAAGAGGUUGUACUGCUGUGAAGCUUGCCCAGGCAAGUGUUAAUGGUCCGUUAGGGCAUAGUGAAUCACCAAAGAUACAAUCGCUGCGAAGAGGAACUCGUAAACGAAGACACUCUCAACAGGUAACUCCUUCACAACUUGCAAUAGAAUACCUAGACCUGUCCAUCUGUAAAAUAGACGAUGAUCUUUUAUACGAUUUGUUAACUCGCUGCCAUAAACUACGCAAACUAAGCCUGGAAAGUUGCCAGGUAAACAAGGAUGUUUUAUCAGCAAUCGGUAAUCUUUCUGUCAACACUUUGGAGGAUCUGAACCUGUGUAUGUGCACUGGCAUCACACAGAAUGCAAUUAAUCAACUCCUUGUUUGCUGUAAAAGUUUGAAUUCACUGAAUCUGGCCUGGUGUGACUUGAAAUCAGCAUCUUGUAUCAACUCAGUGGUCAGCUGGUCAUCUGACACAUUAAAGAACCUCAACAUAAGUGGCUAUCGGAAUCACAUGACUGAUGAUGAAGUGAAGCUUCUUGUACAGAAUUUUCCAAACUUAGUUGAUCUUGAUCUCAGCGAUUCCAGCAUCACCAAAGAUUCCGUGCACUUGAUUGCAAGCUUCCUAAAGAAACUAAGGCAUGUCUCACUCAGCCGUUGCUAUGGUAUUGAGCAGUAUUCACUUGUUAAACUUGGUUGUCUGAAGGAUCUACAAGCGAUAGAAGUGUUUGGUACAAUAAGCGAGGCAGCGCUGAAGUCCAUGAAUAUCCUUCUGCCUCACAUUCGCUUCAAUUCUUGCCCCUUCUCAGCAAUUGCACGUCCAACAACACGUACGGUACGCAAGAAUUACAUAUGGAAUGUAAAGUGCUGGGACUAAGCCAUACUUAAGUUGAUCAUAUUUAGAAAGACCAGUGUUGAUUGUAGAGGUAAUAACAUACAUCUCACAUCAAGAACAGUUUAUUGUUUAUUUUAUAAUUUUAAAAGUUUGAAUUGUUACAGUAUUAGGUACACCUCAUUUAAUUUUAAGUUCGGCAUUGGUGUUUAAUCUUUAAUAACUGAAUAUAUGCUCACAUGACUGCUCCCUGCUUAAACCAUGCCUUCAAAAUUGCCUUUAAAUCAAUGCUAAGGAACCAACUUGGGAACGAUGUGU